GAAACCCUAAUCCACAAUUUCUCCUUAAUUGCACCGGAUUUGUGGUGGGAUCGUAAAUUCAAUCGAAGAGAUGAGCUCUGAUUCGACCAACAAUGGCACCAUCGAGAUCACGUACAAAACCAUCGGCCCAGCUCGGCCGUCUCAAAUUCGAGUGGCGUCUCAUAUCAAAGUUCGUGAUCUGAGAAAUGCAAUUGCGGAAAUGGGUAAAUUUCCCGUUUCAAAUUUGAGGAUGAUUCUUCGUGGAAAGGCAUUGCAAGACGAAGAAGAUGGAGAUGAUUUAUACGUUACGCUCAAGGAACAAGAUUCCUUGAUCGUUGCUGUAAUACCAAAUCCACCAGCUGGAGCUGAGACCUUUGAUGAUGAUGAUGAUGAUUUGAAGUUUAAGCUCCCACCAUCAGCAAGCCGGUGGAAGAGGAAGUUCUACUACUUUCUGCGUAACAAGUUGAAGCUUCCAGAUAUCAUUCUUAUGGGACUUUUCUCUUUAAGUCUAAAGAUGUGGGUUAUUAUCACCUUGUGGUUUAUCUUGGCGCCUAUUGCACAUCAGUGGGACCUGGGCCCUAUAUUUAUACUAGGGACUGGCUUUUCAAUCAUAUUACUCAAUCUUGGUAAACGGCAGCCUGGUGAUGUCAGCGCAUAUUCCAUAUUCAACGAGGAUUUUAGAGAGCUCCCGGGUACAUAUAAUGCAGAUCGUAUAGACCGGGACAUACGAGCAGGCCAGAUAUAAUUCAGAAUUGCAUCAUCAAAACCAUUGCUUGGUCAGAUUCACACAACAGAUGAAAAAUACUUAUCGGUUAUACCCAAUGAGCAACCAAAAGAUCAGUUUUUUGUCCUGUCUGAUUUAGACGACACAACACAAAGCACGACAGUACUUGAGACCAAAAUUCCUAUUGAUGUACAUGAUCUAGUCUUUUAGAUUCCAUGAUCAAUGGUCCGUGUUGUACUCGAAUAUUGAGAUUCCCUUAUAUAUAAAAUAAAUAAAGUGUAUGAUA